CUGUCCUGGAUGACCAAGCUCCAAUCUGUAAGGGAGAUUCCAGCCACCCUGCAGAGGAAAUUGCAUUCCCAAACUGUGGCUAGGAUAGAAUAGAAUUCAACUUUAUUGUCAUUGCACUGUCACAAGUACAAGCAACAAAAUGUAGUUGCAUUGAAAUCAAGAGCUUUAUCUUUCAGCUCAGCUCUCUAUUCACCACAACACUCCAGUAAAGUGCCCUCUUUUCCCCAAUCUGCCUGUUGGACUAAAAACUGAAAGUAUUUUCUAUAUAUCAAACUAUUAUUAGUGGUGUUUUUCCACAGACCAAAAUCAAACCCGUCGAUGAAGCUGCUCAGCAACACAAGUAGAAACUUCAGGAAACUCUGAAACCUUUAAAGGAGAAACUGGAGCUGAAGAAGGAAGUUAAAGAGAAGUUUGAUCAGACAGCAGAACACAUGAAGGUCCAGGCCCGACACACAGAGAGGCAGAUUGUUGAGCAGUUUAAGAAGCUUCGUCAGUUUCUAGCAGAGGAAGAGGAGGCCAGGCUGGCUGCACUGAGGGAGGAAGAGGAGCAGAAGAGAGGGAUGAUGAAGGAGAAGAUGGAGGCUCUGAGCAGAGAGAUAGCAGCUCUUUCAGACACAGUCAGAGCCACAGAGGAGGAGCUGAGAGCUGAAGACGUCUCAUUCCUGCACAACUACAAGGCUGCAGUGGAAAGAGUCCAGCGCUGCCCCCUGCUGGAGGAUCCACAGCUGCCCUCAGGAGCUCUGAUAGACCAGGCCAAACAUCUGGGCAACCUGGCCUUCAACAUCUGGAGCAACAUGAAGGACAUGGUGACCUACACUCCUCUGGUUCUGGACCCAAACACGGCUGGGUCAAGACUCUUCCUGUCUGACGAUCUGACCAGUUGGACAGUAGGAGAGAUGAAGAAGCUUCCUGAUAAUCCAGAGAGGUUCAAGUCAUGGCGUUCUGUCCUGAGCUCUGAAGGUUUUAACUCAGGGAACCACAGCUGGGAUGUUGAUGUUGGACACGGUGAAGACUGGAUGCUUGGUGUGUUAGCAGAGUCUGUCCAGAGGAAGGGAGACAGAGAGACUGGAUUGUUGGUUUUAGGGUUCAGUAAAGGUAAAUACUCUGCGUGUUCUCCAUGAGCUCCUUUCACAUUUCUCUCAGUCCAGAAGAAACUCCAGAGGAUCCGAGUGAAUCUGGACCGGGACGGAGGAAAGCUGUCGUUGUCUGACCAGGAUACUAACACACACAUACACACCUUCACACACUCCUUCACUGGCAGGGUGUUUCCUUACAUCAUCACUGCAGACAACGUAAAAAUCUUACCAAUGAAUGUCUCAGUUAGCAAACAGCAGCUCUGAUGUUCUCAGCAUGAAGAACCUAAACAGCCUCAAACGGCCCUCGCAGCUCUGCACCGCUCUGUCCUCAUGGCAACCACCACCUAUCACAAAGUCUAAUGAAACCUGACUGGUCAGGAUGCAGGUGUGCUGAUCCAGCUCUGCUGGUGGAAACAAACUUAGCUCUAAACAUCCAGACUGAUGAG